AUGCCUACAGCUCUAAGCCGGAGCCAAGCGCCAGCUGGUCCCCAUGGCUGCUUCGCCGGAGCUCUCGGAGCCCAGGCAGCAGAAGGUAGAAUUAGAAGAUCAUGCGAUGUUGGAGUAGGAGGAUUUAUUGUUGUGACUUUAGGAUACUGGCUCCAUUGUAGGUAUAAUUAUGCAAAGCAAAGAAUCCAGGAAAGAAUCACCAGAGAAGGAAUUAAAAAUAAGAUUUUAUAUGAAAGUACCCACCUUGAUCCUGAAAGAAAACAAACCAAGAGCAGCAGCAACAGCACCUGAACAGUCUUGAGUAUAGAACCCAAAUACAACUCAUGUCAGUGUGAACCGAGAUCAACUAUGUAAAACACUGCAUGUACCAUACAGUUUUCAAUCAAGUAAAUAAAGCAUGUGUAAGCUGUAA